AUGGUAUCAUUUCUUAACGUGUGAUGCUGUUCCUUUUUUUUUUCUUUCCCAGAUUGCCCUGGCUAGUUUCUACGAAGAUGGUGGCGACGAAGACAUCAUGACCCUCCCACAACCAACCUCCAGCUCGGUUACCAGAGGCACUGCAGCCAGCGACCACAGGGUGACGUCGUUCCGUGACCUCGUUCAUGCUCAGGAGGAAGAGGAGGAGGAAGAGGAAGGACAAAGGUUUUAUGCCGGUGGGUCAGAACGAAGCGGGCAGCAGAUCGUUGGCCCCCCGAGGAAGAAGAGUUCGAACGAGCUGGUGGAAGAUCUCUUCCGGGGGGCCAAAGAACACGGGGCCGUGGCCGUCGACAGGACAGCUAAGAGCCCCGGGGAAGGCAGCAGGCCAAAGCCCUUUGCUGGAGGUGGGUAUCGCUUGGGAGCGGCCCCCGAGGAAGAGUCCGCGUACGUCGCGGGAGAACUGAAGCAGAACGCCGCCCAAGAUGUGAGUAGUUCAGGACUCGAUCUGAAAUCGGAGCUCCGAGGGUCCCAAACUUAUUGUAGGGAAUCCCGGUCCAAGAACAGCAGAGUUCCCAAACUUAGAAGCUGCUGGCAGGCUGUGGAAUUUUUGAAUUCUCCAAG